AUGUCAGAUCGCGGCAGCAGAGUCAACUCGCGCGAGUCUACGCUCGAGACCACUAUUACUGCACCCGACAUAUCUCCAUCUUCUGACCCCGCUGCAUCCGACAAAAAGAAGGUGCCAAUGGGACUGGCCGAGCCUUGCCGCCCGAGGCCCUUAACAUCCAACUGUCUUAACAAGAACUACAUCGAAAUUGACGGCAUGUGCUUCCAAGACAUGGCUGUCGCCAUGGCAGCCAUGAACCAGGCUCCAUGGCGUGCGCCCACCAAUGACGCCUCUAUACCACAAUCCGAUGAAGAUCAUCGCAAGGUUGCUAAACAGCUUACGGAGGCUUUCAAGGACCUGGGUGCGGCAAAGGAUACGCAGAACAAUGCCUACCGCAAGCGCUUGACAAAGGGGGAGGAUGUGUAUUAUUCGGACUGGGCUAUUGAGGCAUGCGCCUGGAACAUCCUCAGUAUGGUCAAAUCCAUUCACAUCGACGGCUUCAAGAUUCCCAUCUAUGACCGGACGAUCAUUGACUCGAUUGGUCAAACCCAGCUGUGGACAUUCCAAGAGCGCAUCGACUGGAUUUGCUUAGUACUCAGGACAUCCAAGAGCAUAGCUGUCACUCUCAUGAAGCACGAGAAGAUCUGGACCACCAUCGGUGCACCCCACAAGCUUUACAACAGCACUCUAGUAAACACCAUCUCGAAUGGACAACGUAACAAUUGGGUCAAGGUGGGCCGCGAGGCUGAUGAACAACAUCAGAAGCGCCCAAACAAGCGGCAGCGCGCUACCUCUACUAUCAUCCAGAACAGUGCCGACUCAAACACCACCAAUACAUCUCUGCAGACCUUCUCUAACGGCCUGGCUAAUAACUCCAAUACCACCAAGGGUGCAAAAGGCAAGCAGCAGCUGAAGUUUGCUAAAGCUCGUACUGGUUAG